ACAAACCGGAGCAGCUAGCCAACAUCGCAGUUUAGCAAGCAACGUUAGUCAGUCGCAAAUGGAGACGAGGGUUUCUUUGUGGCUACCAUUGUUGUUGUGUUCCAUCAUGUGCUUAGGCACUAAUGUCGUACAAGGAAACCCCAAUUACAAAGACGCUCUUGCAAAAUCCAUACUGUUCUUCCAAGGUCAGAGGUCGGGGAGGCUCCCGACCAACCAGCUGCUAAGUUGGAGGUCCAACUCUGGCCUUUCAGAUGGUGCCGUUGCCCGUGUGGAUUUGACAGGAGGAUACUAUGAUGCUGGAGACAAUGUGAAGUUCAACUUCCCCAUGGCCUACACCACCACCAUGCUCUCUUGGAGCACCCUCGAGUACGGCAAGCGCAUGGGGGCUCAGCUCCCCAACGCCAGAGCCGCGAUCCGCUGGGCCACCGACUACCUCCUCAAGUGCGCGAAGGCGACCCCCGGAAAGCUCUACGUGGGAGUCGGCGACCCCAACGUGGACCACAGCUGCUGGGAGCGGCCGGAGGACAUGGACACGACCCGUUCAGUUUACUCGGUCUCCCCCAGCAACCCAGGCUCCGACGUUGCGGGCGAGACCGCGGCAGCCCUAGCAGCCGCCUCCUUGGUCUUCCGGGUGGCCGACCCUAAGUAUUCGAGGUUGUUGCUCAAUACUGCAAAGCAGGUGAUGCAGUUUGCUAUGCAAUACCGCGGUGCGUACAGCGAUUCACUUGGUUCCGCUGUUUGCCCAUUUUACUGUUCAUACUCAGGAUAUAAGGAUGAACUGCUGUGGGGAGCGGCAUGGCUUUAUAGAGCAACAAAUGAUGUGUACUAUGCCAAUUUCUUGAAAUCUUUGGGGGCUAAUGAUGCCACGGACAUCUUUAGCUGGGACAACAAGUUCGCCGGAGCUCGAGUUCUUCUUUCAAGGAGGGCAUUGCUGAACAAAGACAGUAGCUAUGAACAGUUCAGACAACAAGCAGAGGAUUUCAUGUGUAGAAUUCUCCCCAAUUCUCCUUCUUCCACCACACAGUACACUCCAGGUGGGCUCAUGUUCAAGCUGAGUGAAAGCAAUCUCCAGUACGUCACCUCCAUAACCUUCCUGCUCACAACCUAUUCCAAGUACAUGUCCUCUGCAAAACACACCUUCAGUUGUGGCAACAUGGUCGUCACCCCUAGCACUUUGAAAUACCUUGCCAAGAAGCAGGUCGACUACAUUCUUGGGGUGAACCCUCUGAAGAUGUCGUACAUGGUGGGAUAUGGAACCACAUUCCCCAGGAGAAUUCACCAUAGAGGAUCAUCCCUGCCUUCCCUGUUGAGCCACCCGCAGGCAAUAGGCUGUCAAGGUGGCUUCCAACCUUUCUACUACACAUCGAGCCCAAACCCAAACAUCCUCACCGGAGCCAUCGUUGGGGGUCCGGACCAGAACGAUGGUUUCUCGGACGACCGGACUGCUUACAGUCACUCCGAGCCCGCAACUUACAUCAAUGCAGCCAUCGUUGGACCUCUAACAUACUUUGCAGCAUCAUAUUCAGCUUGAGUAAAAGAUCCAAAUGUUUACAAAGUUCAUUAACUUUAAAUAGGUCAGUGUUGAUGAUGAUGAACUAGCUAGGAGGGAUCUGUACUGCCAACCAAAUGUAAAUGAAGAUCCCUCGGCCUUAGCAUGAUUCACUAAUCUGCAGUUAAUGACCAGUGUCUCGUUCUGUUUUUAUAAAUUUCAUACUAACAGGAUUUGUU